AUGCCAAGGCCAAUUGUCUUUUCUGGCCCCARUGRUUCUGGAAAGACUACGCUUUUAAAUAUGUUGACAAACAAGUAUCCCAAUAUGUUUGCAUAUUCUAUUGGAUAUACAACGCGUACGCCAAGAGCGGGAGAGGUUAAUGGGAUACAUUAUAAUUUUGUGCCAAAGGAGACGUUUGAGGAAAUGAUUAAAAACAACGAGUUUUUGGAAUGGUCUUGCUAUUGCUGCAAUUAUUAUGGGCAGGCAAAGAAAGGGGUCCAGGAUAUCAUUGACCGUGGCAUCAGCCCGAUUUUAGCCAUCGACAUGAAUGGGGUAAUGUCCAUUAAAAAGAUGGGGGGAUCUGCUUUGAGGCCCAAGUUUGUGUUUAUCCAGACACCAUCGCUUGCUGUUUUGGAUGAGCGGCUGUCGGCUCGAGGUACAGAAUCCGAGAUGCUAAGAUUAAAACGCCUUGAAGAAGCACAACGCGAGCUUGAAUAUGCGUAUUCCUCGCCCGGUGUCUAUGACCUUAUUUUGAUUAAUGACAACAUUGAGAGCUCUUUUGAGACUUUUGAAAAAUUCGCCCUAUCUGCUUGA